AUUAUCUAUCUUCGAAAUAUCACACUCAUUUGCCAUUCAUUAAUUCUAAGCAGCACCAGUUUCAUUUCAUAAUUCACGAUUAAUCGCUCUCACAAGAUCAACAACAAAUCUCUCUCUCUCUCUCUCUCUCUCUCUCUCCCUCUCUUAUUUUGUUUAUUAUUAUUUUUUUAAUUUUUUGCUGGGUUUCUUUAAUCUUAACCUCUGUUUUUGCAAAGUGUUUCUUUCUUAUUUUUUUAUUAUUCGUUCUUGUUUUAUUGUUUAUUUUUUGAUAUUGACGUGAUGGAUGCAGGAUCUUUGAACUCUUCUUCAUACUUGAAAGCACAAUCCCGGUUCCCCCUCCAAGAACAGUUUCUUCAUAGAAAGAAUUCUAAAGAUAACCUAGAUAGAUUUAUACCAAACCGAUCAGCCAUGGACUUAGAUUAUGCCCAUUACAUGCUAACACAAGGAAGAAAAGGAGGAAAAGAGAACCCAACAGCUACAGUCAACUCACCAUCAAGAGAGGCAUACAGGAAGCAACUUGCAGAAGCCUUGAACCUGAACCGAACUCGAAUUCUAGCCUUCAAGAACAAGCCUCCUACACCUGUUGAACUUAUCCCUCAAGACCACUUAUCCUCCUCUCUUCACUACCAAGCCAAGCCCACCAAGCCCCGGAGAUACAUUCCUCAGACGUCAGAGAGAACAUUGGAUGCACCUGAUCUUGUGGAUGAUUUCUACCUUAACUUACUGGAUUGGGGCAGCAAGAAUGUUCUAGCCAUAGCUCUUGAUAACACAGUGUACUUGUGGGAUGCUUCAAAUGGUUCUACCUCAGAAUUGGUUACAGUUGGUGAUGAAGAUGGGCCUGUCACUAGUGUCAAUUGGGCUCCUGAUGGACUCCACCUUGCCAUUGGCUUGAAUAAUUCUAUUGUACAGUUAUGGGAUUCUGCUUCCUGUAAACAGCUAAGAACCUUGAGAGGUUGUCACAGGUCGAGAGUUGGGUCAAUGGCAUGGAACAAUCACAUCCUGACAACUGGAGGAAUGGAUGCUAAAAUAAUUAACAAUGAUGUGAGAAUUAGAUCACACAUUGUUGAGACUUACAGAGGGCAUCAACAAGAGGUUUGUGGGCUUAAAUGGUCAGCUUCAGGCCAGCAAUUAGCAAGUGGAGGGAAUGAUAAUAUAAUUCAUAUAUGGGAUAGAUCUGUGGCAUCAUCAAACUCGGCCACACAAUGGUUUCACAGGCUCGAGGAGCAUACUUCUGCAGUGAAAGCUCUUGCUUGGUGUCCUUUCCAAGGGAAUUUGCUAGCCUCUGGAGGCGGUGGAGGAGAUAGGAGUAUUAAGUUUUGGAAUACACACACAGGUGCAUGCUUGAAUUCCAUAGACACUGGGUCUCAAGUUUGUGCUCUGCUGUGGAACAAGAAUGAGAGGGAACUGCUUAGCUCUCAUGGGUUCUCUCAAAAUCAACUCGUCCUUUGGAAAUAUCCAUCUAUGUUGAAAAUGGCUGAGCUCACUGGCCAUACUUCUAGAGUCCUUUAUAUGGCUCAGAGUCCGGAUGGCUGUACAGUGGCAACCGCAGCAGGGGAUGAAACACUGAGAUUCUGGAACGUUUUUGGCGUUCCAGAAGUGGCUAAAGCUGCUCCGAAAGCAAAUCCUGAGCCAUUUUCUCGCUUCAAUCGCAUCCGCUGAUGCCAAAAAUGAAAACAACAAAACUAGUUGCAAAUGUUUGGCCCAACAACAGCCAAGGUAAAUUUUCUCUCUAAUUUGUUCAUGAAAUGUCCCUAUUUCCUGAGUUGGUUCUGCUGUUGGUCAAUGGGGUCUUUCUAUCAUGUACUUCCUUAUGGUGAAAUUAUCAGAAAAGCAAUCUGCAGUGUGUGUGAUGGAUGCUUGUUGUUAUCAUAAGCUUUCAAAUUGGAUUUUGGGGAGCGGAUAUUAAAUAUUCAGGUGGCGGGUGAAACUUGAUUGAGCUUUACAUAUCUUUGAGCAAGCUUGGCAUCAAGAAUGAAGCAGUGCUUGCGGAUUGAGGGUGGUCGACACACAGCAUAAGUUGUUGGGCGACGUUCCUCCAGAUUUGUUCAGAUUUUGAGUUUUUGCAUUAGAACAAAAGGAGAUGAUCACUUCAUGAUUAUCCAUGAAUUUAAUAUGGUAAGUGGAGCAGUUUAGGAUCGAGCUUUUCUUGUUCCAACCUGUGCCUAUGGAUGUUUGUCCCUGUAUACUAGUUAGGUCAACGUUGCUUUUUGAAAGUUAUGCCAAACAAGUCUUAGAUGUUUAGAACA